ACAAGUAAAUUAUGAAACCGAAUGUGCCAAGUAUGCAAGGUUGAAGAAAAAAGAUAAAAAUUUACGUGUUAAUCAUGCAAGGUUAAAACAAAGAUUUAGACUCUUGGAACUACAAGUUAAUCAACCAUUAGCAAUCAUGGCUACAUUACCAGAUGUAUUGUUAUCAUUAUCACCACUUGUUGCUCAAAUCUCACAGUAUAUUGGUCAGGAACCACCAGAUGGCUUCAUUGAUAAAAUGAGUCAAAUAUAUACAUAUGGGGAUGCAUUAAAUAUUAUGCCUACCAUUCAACCUAAUCAGCUUAUGCCUCUUCCAGAACCUGUUAUUCAACCAGCUAUGCCUCUUCCACAACCAACCUAUUAUAAAGUUGAUCCUAAAGCUUAUAUUGAGAAUACAUAUGGUCCAGGUACAUGGGCUUUAGAUAAAAGAGCGCCAGAUACAUAUAACCAAAAUAGAGAUAAUAUUAAUAAUCUUUUAUCAGAAAAUCAAAGAAACAUGGAAUCAUUAAUAGAACAAGUAAUGCAAAGGAGAAUCCAACUAGAAUCCAAUCCAAAAUUUGAAAAAAUCAAUCGAUAUAGGAAUAUUAGGGAUACAGCCCAGAAAGCUAUGGAAAAUGAAGAAAAUCGUCCUGAUGAUCCUAUGGAUAUUGAUUAUUCCCUUAUUAACCUAACCAGAGAGCUUCCAGGUGGUCUAGCUAAUAGGACU